AUGAGUGGAAUGGGUGGGAUAGGUAGAAAAAAAUCACAGGAGGUGCAUAUAGUGUUAAGUGAUUCAUCUUCUUAUGCUUCAUCCAAUGCUGCUUCUGAAGAAGUUUCUUCCAAACUUUUGAAUUCGAAGAAUGACACCAAGAGUCCUUUGAAGAGUCAUGCAAAGAUUAUAAAUCUUUACGCUUGUAUGCUGACGUGGGAUAAGCGAAAUGAUGCCUCUAAAAUACCAGUUGAAAAUUGGUUUUUGCCAACCUAUGUCUCGCAAUUCAUUACCAAAAUGAAGAAGGGUUGUGAUGUUGGUUGCAUAUAUCGCUAUUUCUUGCGUGAAGACAAAUAUGGAGGGGAUAUUCAGAAAUGCGAAAAGAUCUUCAUUCCAAUGAACCCUGGAGAUCAUUGGUACUUGUGUGUAGUCGACAUAAUCAAUGAGGAGGUUAUGAUAUUGGACUCACUUAUGCCGAAAAAUUGUAAUGAGCGUAUUUCAAGUGCUAAAGUUGUGCUCAAGUGUUUGCAUGAGGCUUUAGAGAUUGGAUGUGGUACAACAUAUAGUAUCAAUAUUCCUUUAUUUCCUACGAGAAUGGCUCAAUGGGCACCGCAACAAAAGAAUCUUUAUGAUUGUGGAUUAUUCACAAUAAGGUUCAUGCAACUAUACGACAAGCUACGGGCCGGGAUGCAUUUAAGUAUUGAUAACUCAUAUUUGGAGAGAAGGAAAAUUGCUAUUGAGAUAUUCUACCAUCAAGCAAAUGAAACAAAGGAAGAGAUACUUAGAAAAAUAGUACACUCUUCCGAAGCUGUGUGUCCUGCUGCAACGCCUUAA